AUGGAUGAACAAGAAUGGGAACAAUCUAUGCAAUGUUUAUUGAAGAGAGAAACACCAAUUACAGAUGACUCCGGCGAAUUCAAACUCAGAAGCUCCGGAGGUCCGGUGAUUGACAGUGGCGGCACCACCGUGAUCUGGUCAUCCAAUUACACCGUAUCUAUAACAAAUCUUGAUCCAGUGGCACAGCUUCUGGAUACCGGAAACCUUGUUGUCUGGGAUAAAAACCGAAAUAUAAUUUGGCAAAGUUUUGAUUAUCCUGGUGACACAUUGCUGCCCGGGAUGAAAUUCGGGAAGGACUUGCUGACCGGAAUGGACAGGUAUCUGACAUCAUGGAAAACUCUCCAUGACCCUUUUCCAGGUUCGUAUGUAUACUCUGUUUUCACAAAUGGGUAUCUGCAAAUAUUUGAAAGGAAAGGUUCAGAAUUACACUUCAGGAUUGGACCAUGGAAUGGUAUGAAGUUCCGUGGUUUGCCUAUGGACGAACCAAAUCCACUUUACUCAGCUGAGUUUGUUGUUAACAAGAAAGAAAUAUAUUAUAAAUACGAACUUAAAACUUCAGUUGCUCAGAGAAUACUUUUGAUGUCGGAUGGAAAUAUAGUGCAGUUGCACUGGAUUGACCGAAUGCACGACUGGAUUCAAUAUGGAAAUGCCAAAAUAGAUAACUGUGGUGUUUAUGGGCUUUGUGGGCCUUAUGGAAGUUGUAUCAUCAAUAAAUAUCCACCUUGUAGGUGUAUGGAUGGGUUUGAGCCGACACUCCAAGAAGAAUGGAAUGCAGCUGAUUGGUCGAGUGGGUGUAAGCUUAAAAAACCUCUAAGUUGUGGGAGUGGUGAUGGGUUUAAGAGACUUUCGGGAUUGAAAUUUCCAGACACACAACGCUCAUGGUAUAAUGAAAGUAUGACACUUGGAGAAUGUGAGAUAGCUUGUAAAAUGAAUUGUAAUUGUACAGCUUAUGCAAAUUUAGAUAUCAGAAAUGGUGGAAGUGGUUGUUUGUUGUGGUUUGGUGAUCUGAUUGAUAUCAGAGAGUAUGAUGAAGAUCAAAAUCUUUAUAUAAGAAUGGCUGUCUCUGAGAUAACAGAUCGUGACUCGAACUUCAGAAGAACAAAAGUAGUCACCAUUGUUCUUAUAGUCUCAGCGGCAGCAUUGCUUCUGUCUGCAGUAGCUUUCGUGUAUAGAAACAGAAAGAAAAGGCUACAUAUGAAAGGAAACAGGGUAUAUGCACUUGAUAAAAGACAUAGUAGUGUAGGGAUGGAAGAUCUUGAUGAGGUACCCUUUUUUAGUCUGAAUGAAAUAGCCAAGGCAACCAAUAAUUUCAGCAUUGAUAAUAAGAUUGGAGAAGGUGGAUUCGGUCCAGUUUAUAAGGGUGUGUUACAAGAUGGACAAGAAGUAGCUGUGAAGCGGCUCUCAGAAACAUCAGAACAAGGGCUUGAAGAGUUUGAGAAUGAAGUGAUUUGUAUUGCAAAACUUCAACAUCGAAAUCUUGUGAAGCUUCUUGGAUACUGCAUUCAUGGAAAUGAAAUGAUUUUGAUAUAUGAAUACAUGGUUAACGGAAGUUUGGACUCGUUUAUAUAUGAUAAUUCGCAAGGUUUUAUGCUUGAUUGGUCUCAGCGGUUUCGCAUUAUCCAUGGGAUGGCUCGAGGCAUUCUUUAUCUACAUCAAGAUUCCCGCCUUCAAAUCAUUCAUAGAGAUCUGAAAGCAGCUAAUAUUUUGUUAGAUGGUGACAUGAAUCCAAAAAUAUCCAACUUUGGCCUUGCAAGAAAGUUUGUAGGGUUUGAUAAUGCCACCAAGACAAAGAAAGUGGUUGGGACAUAUGGUUACAUUUCUCCAGAGUAUGCAUUACGGGGACGGUUCUCUGUAAAGUCAGAUGUAUUUAGCUUUGGUGUUCUAGUGUUGGAGAUAGUCAGUGGAAAAAGAAACAGGGAAUUUUCUUAUGGAGACCAUAGAGACAACCUUCUUGGACAUGCAUGGAGACUGUUCAAAGAAGAUAAGUCGAUUGAAAUGAUGAGUGCAUCUUUACGUGAGACGUGUGUAAUAUCUGAGGUAGAACGUGUGAUACAUGUUGGAUUAUUGUGUGUGCAACAUCAUGUAGAAGAUAGGCCAACUAUGUUUAUCAGUGGUUUUGAUGUUGGUUGGUGA